AUGCAUCAUCACGAGGAAGCUCAGGGUAGAGUCUGCUCGUGUGGGACUUCAACUGAAACGCCAGCCGUCGGAUUGAGAGUGCUGUGCGCGAUCGACGGCUCGGAGGGCUCGGUGCGCGCGUUCCUGUUCGCCCUGGAGAGAGUGGUCGUUCCAGAGCGGAACGACAUUCUCGUGCUAUUUGAAGCCGCCAGACCUUUGAACCCCGAGAUAUUGGCGGACAUGACCAAGCGGCAGAGCGACUUCGUCCAGGAGUUGGAGGAGCUCAACUGCGGCGCGGAGCUGCGCGUCAUGAGCGACCAGGCGGACGCGCGCGGGGUUCACACCGAGUCGGUGGUGCUUUUGGGGGAUCCCCGGGAGUUGAUCCCCGAGUACGUCGCAAAGCACCCGGUGGACCUCCUAGUGGUGGGCAGCCGGGGUCUCAGCACUACGAGACGGCUAUUCUUGGGCAGCGUCAGUUCGUAUCUUGUCGACCACAGCCCCGUCCCGGUCAUGGUCGUCCGGGCUCAGGCAGACGGAGAGUAG